UUCGAGACGUCGCUCCUUCUCACGGACCUCGAGUCUCGACCCUCUAAUCUCUCAGCUACUACCUUCAUCGAGGCAUGGCCGACGUAAGGAAGUACAACAUGUCCAGUGCAGCCUCCAAGUCUUCUUCGUCCGGAAGGUCGAGCUCUUCGGGUAAGGACAGCAGCAAGCCAACGAAACGCAAGCAGUCGCGGGCUUCGACCGCCGAAACCAGCGGUAAGACUUCAGAGGGUCCGGCUGCACCGAAAGCACCUGUUGCAGAAGUUCCUGCCGGGCCUGCACAUUUAAAGGCGACCAAAUCAAAAGGAAAGGCUACUGUUCCACAGGAACCACCACCACUGCCGAAAGAGCCCCUAGGCCACCAACCUUUAACGGAUGCUUCAAGGACGGUAACGUCCAAAGAAAAGAUCUCGAACCCCAUAGGCGCCUUCUUCAGUUUCGCAAAAUGGUCCUCCAGUGGCACAUCAUCGCAGGUGGCGCGGAGGAGAACCAUCAGCACGAAAGGACAGCACGUCGAAGCGAAUGAGAAAGCUCAAGCAAAGACCAUGCACCGCGGCAAGGUGAUCAUGCUGGUGGUCGUCCCAGCGCUGGCCCUCUUGAUAGCCGCGGUCGGGGCUUUCAUCUACAUGAUCACCCUGGAAAAGCCCCAAAAGCGCGUGGACACGUGCAGGAGCGAUGACUGCGCUGCCUUUGGCCAAGAGCUAAGCGCGGCCGUCAACUGGUCGGUCGACCCGUGCCAAGACUUCCACGCAUUCGUGUGUGGCGGCUGGAGCGACCCCAAGCGACGACAGACGACCGAGUCGCGCAUGGUGGCUGCCGCCUUGGAUCUGGCGAUCGGGGAAGCUAAAGCCGACCUGAGGUAUCGCAGCAAGGCGACGCAGUUCUUCGAGAGUUGCACCAUGGCCGGUAAGUGGGCGCAGGAGAACCUGAAAGAAUUCGCGGAUCUCCGGCACUCCUUGGGCCUGCCCUGGCCCGAGCAAAAGCCCAGCGGCGCAACCCACCCGCUCGACAUCAUGGUGAACCUGGCGCUGAACUGGGAAAUGAACUUCCUUUUCGACCUCGGCACCAUUACCGUAAGGAAUUCUACCGCGCUGCUCGUCUCCCGCGGUCGCCUGGAUGCCGUGUGGGAGGAGAAGUUACGCCGUGUCAGGACGAUCAAAACGUAUGAGGAUUACGUGAACGGUUACUACCAAGUCCUCAACACCAACAGUGCGCAAUCUGGUGUGGGAGCAGCUGACCUCCUCGGCAUCGAGACGGCCUUUGUCAACGCGAAGCUCGAGUUCCUAUACGACACUCCUCGGCAAGAAUGGUUCGAAGUCGCCGCCCUGGACUACAAGACGCCGUCUCUUCCGGUGGGCUCGUGGCUCGCUCUUCUGAGGAAGCACGACAGGCAGUUCGUAUGGACCGGCGGGGACACCGCGAUUGUCGAGGAUUGCAAAAUAUUGGAGAGCAUCGACAAGCUGCUGAAGAGCAUGGACCACGACAAGCUGAUCAUCGGGCUCUCGUGGAUGUUCAUUCAGACGCACCUCUGGGCUGUCUACGGGGCACCUUCGCUAAGAUUCGGCGGCAUCUACAAGAACCUGACACAGAUGAAGGAGCGCGGCUGCAUGGAAUACGUCGAAUCUCGCCUAGGGCUGCUCGGCUGGGCGACGACGCUAACCGAGCGCUUCCGCACGACGGAGAGCCGACUGCACAUCGCCAGUUUCCUGCAUCGAAUCAACGGACAGACAAAGCGCCUAGUAAACAAGCUCAGCUGGAUGGACCACGAUAGCAAGCAGGUGAUAUUCUCGAAGCUGGACAAGAUGACCCGCACCAUACUGCCAGGGGCCAGCUUCUUCGACGCUAAGAAACGCGAUAGGCUGUACGCCGUCUUUCCCGAAAUGCGCGGCCAGACCUUCAUGACGAAUCUAGUCAAGACGUCCGAGAUCUACCGGGCGCUACGCAACCACAAAUACUUCGAGGACGUGUACAGCGUUCGCAUGUUUCCCCGGUUCGGUCGCGAGCGUUACCUCUACCUGCCAGACUUGAUGACGCUCGCGUUAGUGAACCUGAGCCCGCCGAUGUACUACAAGGAGGCGACGCUGGCGAUGAAAUACGGUGGCCUAGGCUCCUUCGCGGCUCGACAGAUGGCCAGGACAUUCGACGAUAUCGGCGUAAAGGUGGACGACUUGGGCAAGGACCGACUGUGGCUCGGAGCAGAGGCGGCAGCAACGCACGAGAUGAAGGCCAACUGCAAAGUCCACUCCGGCUCGGACAGCUCGCUGUGGCGCCCGAUGCGCGCGCUGCCCGUCAUGCCCGGGCUGGAGAUUGCUUACGAGGGCUUCUCGGCGGCCGUGGCAGUUGACUUUCGAGCUCUGGACGACUUCAAGGUGCUUCAUCUGGAAGCGUUCACAGACUUCCAGAUCUUCUUCCUGGCAUACUGUUACGCAGUGUGCGCAAAGCGGCCGCAGACCAUGCGCGAUGAGUGCAACGUUCCGGCCAAGAACUCGCCCGUUUUCGCAGAAGUGUUCGACUGUCCCGCGACGGCGCCCAUGAAUCCGCCAGACAAAUGCACUUUUUUUUACUAGUAAACAAUUCCGGCAGUUGUAACUUUUUUAAUGUGCGAACGCCGCCCACG